AUGGAGGUGUUUCUAUUGCUCUGUUUGCUUUUCAGUGCAACAGUUACAGCUGUGUACUUAAACGACCCUUUCACAAACCUUAAUUUUACGCCCCCUAUCAAAUCACCUAAUGAGCUCUUAAGGCAUGAGCGAUCACUAGCGGAUGGUGAAAUACCAGAUUAUGUCCUAGAUAACUGCCCGUUGAUUCAUUUGUAUAGUGAGGAGAGGUAUUUUCCUGGAGAUAUUGCAUCAUUUUUGCCGCAUUUUAGACUAGCUACUGGCAAUAAUGAGACGCUAAUCGACAAGCCAUUAAAGAUAUCAGAUCUUAAAUCAAAAUAUAAGGUAUCAGGAGAAGAAUAUUCCAGUGACUCUUUAUAUUUGGACACUACGGAACGAUUUGAAGAGGAUCCCUCGUGGCUAUUAGGAACUCAUCCUGAAUACGGAACAGGUUUAACAAGAGAUGCGUCAUCGAUUUUGAUUGCCGUCGACAAAGGGAAUGGCUGGGUUGAUGCCUAUUGGUUUUACUUUUAUCCAUUCAACUUGGGUCCUUUUAUAAUGGGGUAUGGGCCAUGGGGUAAUCACAUAGGAGACUGGGAACAUUCAUUAGUUCGUUUUUACAAGGGGCAACCGCAGUAUAUUUGGAUGAGUGCACAUGGAGGAGGGGCUAGUUACACAUACAACUGCAUAGAAAAGAAGGAUAGAUGGAAAGUGACGCCAGAUGGAAAGUUUGACAAAACUCAAGUCAUUAAACGGCCAUUGCUAUUUAGUGCAAGAGGAACACAUGCUAACUAUGCAAGUGUUGGACAACACGCUCAUGACGUUCCUUUCUUUUUCAGUGCCUUAAGUGAUUUUACGGACAGAGGACCUCUAUGGGAUCCAUCCUUAAGGUUUUAUGGGUUUACAUAUGAUGGCCAUGCUUUCCACGAAAAGAAAGGCCAGAAUAUUGGUACUUCAUGGUUGUACUUUUUAGGCCAUUGGGGUAAUAAGAAAUUAAAAGCAUCAGAUCCCAGACAAAAAUGGUGUCCAGUUCAAUGGAGAUACAUAGAUGGUCCAAGAGGUCCAGCAGCAAAAAAUCUAGUUAGAACCGCGCUCUGUGAAAGGAGCAAAUGGUGGAACUUUUGGCAUGGAUGUCCUGUUAGGAGAAUGAUCAAAAGAGGUCAGGGCUUAGACGCAGAGAGAAAUGACCUCGUUGGUGACAAUUGCGGAAUAGCACUCUAUAGAAUCAGACCAAAAUGGUUAAGAUCACUCCUUCGGUUGAUCACUUGGAGAGGGGCAUUCUGUUUCUUCAUGGAUUACUUUACAGGCUAG